UACUAGGAGUUUUCCAGUUUCUCAAAAAAAAAAAAAAUCACAACCUCGUCGGCGACUGCCCUUCCCUCCGCCGGUCCCUGCCUCCCUGCGAGCGGAUCCUCUGCCGUUACUUGCCGGGACUGCCACGCCGCGGCACCAUGUCUCUCCUCCUCAAGCCCAAGCCCCACCUCUCCGCCACCGGCCUCAUCAUCUUCCUGCGCCAUCUCUGCGAGGGGUCACCAAGCCAGCCGGGCCAAACGGGUACGGACACCUCGCCCCCGCCCCUGACCCGCGAUGACACCAAGCUCGUGGACGCCCUGCUCGCGGCGCUUCUCGACCACCGCCGCGCCAACCCGGCCGCCGAGCUCCCGGUUCCUUCUCUAUCCAACACGCUCCCGUCCCUCUCGUCCGCCAUCUCCGACCUGCUCCCUUCCCCGCCUCCGCCUCACCUCCCGCUCCACCUCCUCCUCCGCCUCCUCGCGCUCCGCCGCGGCGUACCGCUCCCGGAGGCCGUCGCCUUCUUCCACCACGUUUCCCCCUCCCUUCCCGCCGACUCCCUCCCUGAUCUCUACGCCUCCAUGAUAGUCCUGCUCGCCAAGCACCGUCAUUUCGGCCUCGCGCGCCACCUGCUCGAUGAAAUGAGAGAGCGGGCCGUCCCCAUCUCACGGCAGCUCAUCCUCGCCUUGACCCGCCGCUAUGUCCGAGCGGAGAUGCCGUCGGAGGCUGCCGACCUGUUCCGUCGCAUGGAGGAGUACGGCGCCGGGGCUCCGGACCCUGCCACGCUGGCAUCCCUCCUGGCUGCUCUCUCCAAGAAGCGCCUUGCCAGCGAGGCGCAGGCGCUGUUCGACAGCUGCAGGACUGUCUUCACACCGGAUGUUGUGCUCUACACAGCCGUGGUCCACGCGUGGUGCCGCGCCGGGCGCCUCGAUGAGGCGGAGCGCGUCUUCACAGAGAUGCAGCAGUCAGGGAUCAUGCCGAAUGUGUAUACCUACACCGCUGUGAUCGACGCGAUGUAUCGUGCGGGGCAGGUUCCCCGUGCACAGGAGCUUCUGUGCCAAAUGAUCGAUUCUGGGUGCCCCCCAAACACGACGACGUUCAACGCUAUCAUGCGGUCGCAUGUCAAGGCCGGCCGUUCUGAGCAGGUGCUGCAGGUGCAUAACCAGAUGCAGCAGCUUCGGUGUGAGCCAGACGUUAUCACAUACAAUUUCUUGAUCGAAACACAUUGUGGGAAGGGGCAGGGCAAUCUUGAUGCAGCGCUGAAGGUGCUUGACAAAAUGACGGCAAAAAAGUGUGUUCCUGACUGCCACACGUUCAAUCCCAUGUUCAGGCUGUUACUUGUGCUUGGCAACAUAGGUGCUGCACAUAAGUUGUAUGAGAAAAUGAGGGAGCUUCAAUGCAAGCCAAAUGUCGUGACAUAUAACUGCCUUCUAAGGUUGUUCAAUAAGGAGAAGUCAAUGGAUAUGGUUCUAAGGAUGAAGAAGGACAUGGAUGCGGAAGGAAUCGAGCCAAACAUGCACACCUAUGCGGCUCUGAUUGAGGCAUUCUGUGGGAGGGGAAACUGGAAGCGAGCACACACAACACUAAAGGAAAUGAUCGAGGAGAAAUCUUUUAAACCUUCAAAGCAGGUGCGCGAUAUGGUAUUGGUCCUUUUGAGAAAGGCUGGGCAGCUCAAGAAGCACGAAGAGCUUGUUGAACUGAUGGUUGAUCGGGGUUUUAUCAGCCAGCCUCCUAAUGAUGCAUUGUGGAGUGCACUAUCUGCUUGCUGAUCUUCAUGUGCCAGAUUGUUAUGGAAGUGUAGUCACACAUAAAAGGUAAUGUGAGUUAUUGGGAGACUAGCUUAACUGUUCGGCAGACUAGCGAGGUUGAUUAAUAAUGGAGGUGAUCAUUUCUGGCCUAAACUUGUGAAGCUGAGUGUUAGGAUUAAGCAAAGGAUGUUUACAAGCAAAGGAUCCCCUUUAUUGCAUUCGCUGUUAAUGCUUGAAGUAUUUUUUGGAAACAUAAGUAGGGCCUUAGGGUGUUCACCGUUGUGGUUGCCCAUCAGUGGUAAUGUGGUAUAGAGGCGGGCGAGGAAAAGCUGGAUCUGAUAAGAUAAUCUAUUGUAGUCAAAUCUCAUCUUCUUUCUAUUCCUGAAACUAUAUUAGGUUGCCAGUUCUGGUACCAGAAAACUCCAGAAGAGAUCUCGGUUUGGUUUUCGGUCCUGCCUGUUGGGCCCCAGUCCUUUUUUUUUUUGUUUCUUCCGCUGAAAUUAAGGUUUGGAAAUUGCAUUGUACUGCACUCUUUAGGUAGAUGUGUACCUGUCAAAUUGUUGGACAUUUACAGGACAUUUUAGGUUUGGAUGCUGCAAUCUUAUAUAACAUUUUUGAAGAUUUACGGUA